AUGAAGACAUCAUAUGAUUGUGAGAACCCUAAGGAACUGGACGACAGGCGCCAAGAGCUCCCCAUGGGUAUCUUGAAACAGCUUCACACCCGAAUGCUCUUCAUACUCACAAGAUGUACAAGGCUCCUGCAGUUCCAUAAAGAAAGCAGAUUGGCUGAAGAUGAACUUGUUCUUCAACUCCGUCAAUCCCUUCAUUCAGCAGAUAAACGUAUUCCUCCAAGACCCUCAAAACCACCAUCAUCAUCAUCAUCAAGAAAAUAUUUCAGUCAGGAACAACACGGGAUGCUGGAACCCAAGAAAGAAAAACCCAUACUUAAAGCUCACCCCUCCAUGUCAUGUAGGACCCACUUUGGUCCUAAAUCUGACCAAGGAAUGACCACAUCAUCUGUUGGCAGCAUGACUCCUUGGUCGCCAUUGAUGACACCAAAAACCAGCCAGAUAGACUUGUUAUUGGCAGGGAAGGGUGCCUAUUCUGAACAUGAUGACCUUCCACAGAUGAAUGAGCUUGCUGAUAUUGCUCGAUGUGCUGGCAAUACGCCAUUGGAUGAUGACCGAUCUUUGUCGUAUCUGCUGAUGUGUCUUGAUGACUUAAGAGUCGUGAUCGACCGGAGAAAGUUUGAUGCCCUGACCGUCGAGACAUUUGGAGCACGCAUAGAGAACCUUAUUCGGUGA